UCCCAGAAUGCACUGUAUCAUACACAUGGUGCGUUGCAGCUUUUGACACACUCGCGGGAAUUGAAUGUAAUCAAUGCUUUUGUUUCUACAUUUGAAACAACCUACAAUAAGUCAAUACGUGUGUUUCAUUCAACUUAACAGUUAUGGCUGAAUGUCCAGCAAGUAUUGUAUUGCGAAGUGGAGGAGUCGAGAGCUCAAACAUCGAAAAAGAGAGUGUCACGAAGCUUCUCCCCAAUCUACAGAAACUGUUUGAGUCAGAACUGUCUGAAUCUUGUGUGCCAAGUCUGGAAACAGUUGACCCAAGGGCAAACUCAAAGAGCGAUGAAAAGGAGAGCGAUGAGAAGCUUGCAGACAAUCCACAGAAACUCUCAGAAUCUUGUGUGCCAAGUAAGGGACCGUUUGACCCAAAGGCAAACUUAAAGUGGGAGAUAGGGUCCCACUGCAAGGCUGUGUGGUCAGAGGAUGGGCGGGUUUAUCCUGCCACCCUGGUCUGGUUGGAGGGGGAGCGCUGCAAGGUGAAGUUUGACAACUAUGGAAACGAGGAAGAGAUGGAUCUGAGCGCCAUGCUACCUGAAGCUGCUGACCAGCCCCGGAAGGAGAAACGGGUGUGGAUGCUGGGUUCCCGGUGCCGUGCUGUGUACUCAGAGGAUGGCCUGGUCUACCCAGCGGUGCUGGUGUGGAUGAGAGGGGAACGCUGCCGGGUGAAGUUUGAAGGCUACGGGAACGAGGAGGAGCUGGAGCUGAGCACCCUGCUAUCGCCAGAUGACCUGGGACGGCACUGUGGAAGAGCUACUGCCAAGGCUGUGGAAGGGUUCAGGUCCACUAGUAACAACAGCGCAGACUGGAAGAAGGAUAGAGAGUGGAGGACACCUCAACAAGAGGGACAAGAGGAGCCUUCCUCACCUCGACCACCUGAGUUUCCUCCAGGAAAAGGCUUUAACCUUGGCAAUGAGCAGGGGAAUAAGAAGAAGCCAAGUAGUCGGAAAGAGGAACCAAAUGGCCGGAGUCGGGAACCAAAUGAUCACCCGUUUCCUUUUUUUCCUCCAGUGCCACCGCCCAAUGGGUCUUUGGACUUCCUGUCACUCCUGCCUCCUCCUCCACCUCCACCGUGUGUAUGGCCCCCCCGAGCAGGGCUGGUGGAUGCUGGCGAUGGGCUAGGCUCGUCCAUUACAGACUUAUCCAGCAUGCUGCUCUCCUGGUACCUGUGUGGCUACCACACUGGCUGCUACAUGGCAAUGCAGCAGACAGCGGCAAGUCACAAGAGGGCUCAUAAAGAGAAACGGGCAGAGGAAUAAGGUUGGCUUAAGACCCUAGAAUGGGGAAGAAGACUAAAAGAGCUGUUCUCUUGAAACAGGACGAGUUCCAAAGACUGAAUGUUCUUGUACUACACAGAGGUAGUCCAGUUGGGGCUCUGUGUCUGAUGCAUUGCAGUUGUCAGGUUUUUUUCUUACUGAAGAUGGGUGUCGUGACCAGAAGAUGAUUGUGGAUAGGGGUAUGGUGUUAAGGGUACGGUGACCCUAGCUCAUCAAGCUGUUAACUCAGCUCUUCCAAGAGGCUUUUUGGGAGGAUAUUUUUACUUUGACGUUUUUGGCACUUUAUUAUUUAUUUUUUUACUGUUGGAAAAAGCUUUUCCAAAGUUUUUUUUUUUGGGGGGGGGGGGGGGGGGGGUUAAAAUAAUGGGACAGCUAGUUUAUGGUCAAGUGGAGAAAAAAAUGAAUGAAUUGUUAAUCCUGCUUUUUUUUAAUGUCAGUUUAAGUUCAUUUUGGGAGUUUAUUUUAUUACUGUACAUUUGAAAUAUGUUUGGAUUCUUUUUUAAAUGUUAUUUUUCAAGAAAACAUUUAUUCAACCAAAUCGCAUGCCUUGGCAUUUCUUAUACAUGUUUUAUGUAGAUAAAAUGUAAUGGUUGAAAAUGAUUGCAAAUGUAAUAUCGGACUGUAGGUUUUUGGAUGUCUCAAACCACCCCCGCAUGGUUUCAUCUCCUCACCUUUAAUCCUGAGCUUCACCACAUGGUUUUCUUCAGCACAUAAGAACUAUAGUGUCAAUAUUAGACCAAAUAAUUAAACCAUGUUUCUCGGAAAUGUCUAUUGAGUAGGGAGUAGUAAAAUGUUUAUACCCUAUAACACAAAGGUUUAGCAUGCCGUUUUUCAGUUGCAUCAAGUAUAUAUGUGCAGCCUAAAUGCAGAAAAUGUGGUUAAAUUGAUUUGAAUCUGAAAUCAAACAAACCCUCACCAGUCACCAUAAAAUGUAUAUUUUGUAUUGUCUAUCUCUGUGGGUGACGCAGUGUUCUGGGUAUGACACUGGGUCAAUUGGAACAAACCUUGGGUCAAGGAUGAGGUUAUGUGCACAAGAGGAGAUGGGAAGCAGACCUGGUUUGACGUAGAUGGUCAAAAGAUCAGAUGACACGUAGGACCCUCAAAAUAGCAGUGAUUUAGAAUCUAUUGGGAAUUUGAAUACUGAAGUUAAGAUACAGGCAGUUUUUUUGUAAAGGGUCCUUAGCAGUAAAGCUGUGAGAUUUCUAUGGAUUUGGUCUAGGAUGCACAAUAGCUGCUAAUAUUGCCAACAACUCAAAAUGUGCUGUUGUGAUUUUCACAGCCUAUGUGUUCUUAAUAAAUUACAUUGAAGCCUCCUUAA